AAAAAAUAGAAUAGAAGACUCAAGAAAGAUUGUUUACAUGAAAGUGGAAUGAGAGAGAAAAAGACAGAAAGAAACAGAGAGAGAAAGAGAGAAAGCAAGAAAAGGAGAGUUGCUGAGGUCUGACACACCCACCACCCCCAUUGACGACCGCCACGCGACCUCUCCCUUGAGGUAGGCUGUUCUUCCGUUCCGCCGCCUCUCUUUAAUUCCCCCAAUCCCCCAAGAUGAAAGAUCCCUCCUCCUCCUCCUCCAGUUGUUGGGUGCGUUUGCAAGAUUUCAGUCAAGAGAAGAAAGAUAGAGCCUUUUGGUGGGUAGCUAGGUAGGUGAGGAUUGCAUGCACAAGGUGUAACGAUGGCCGUUAGUUUUUUCACUGUGUAGAUUCUCCAGGCUUAGAGACAGACACGUUGUUGAGUUUCCAAAACUGAAACGCUCCAAAUUCAAUCCUGUCCUUUCCUUCCCCAAAUCCUGCAUGCUCCUUUCUUGAUAUAUAGACAUAAAAAAAAACAAAAAACAAAAAGAAGAUAAGAUGCAGCAAGAGAGAGAUGAUGGAGGAGAAGGAGCAGAAGACAUGAAGCAAGAGCGGAGACUGAAGCCUAUGCAAGCUGAUCAAAAUCAGCAGCAGCAACAUCAGCAGCCUCAAAAAUGCCCUCGGUGUGAUUCUCUAAACACAAAGUUUUGCUAUUACAACAACUAUAGCCUCUCUCAGCCGCGGUACUUCUGCAAGACAUGUAGAAGGUACUGGACUCAAGGAGGAACCCUCAGAAAUGUCCCCGUCGGCGGCGGUUGCCGGAAGGGAAAGCGUGCUAAAACCUCCUCAUCGUCUUCCGGUGAGAAUCCACGGCCGCAACAACAAAACCCACCAUCUGCAUUAAUCGCCUCUAUUAAUCCAAUCAUCCAAACAAGCCCCGCAGCUCUAAGGAGUAAAGAAGGAUCGAUCCCGUCAAUUGCGCCUUACUAUGCGGGAGGUGGCUAUUUGUCUUCUUUGGGAGCAAUUCAAUCACAUUCUUUCACUCAAUCUCUCCAUGUUGGGGGCUCUUCAAAUAUGGAUCUGCUACAGGGGUUUUCUCUCCCUUCUUUCGGAUCACAGCAGCAGCAAACGCAAUUUUAUCAAAUGGGUAGUUCUCAGGAUGAUUGGCAUCAGAGCUUUAUGAGCAAUCCAAAUCCCACGGCAUCCGAUGCCGCUUUGUGGAGUAUGAGCACCAUCACCACCACAACCGGAAACACUAACAGCAAUAACAACAACGGCGGCGGCGGCUCUGCCUUGAAUAUUCCAAGUCAGUGGCCUAAUCUGCCAGGAUAUGGCGGCCCUCCUCCUAAUUCCUCCUGAUGGGUGUGUUUCCAACUUCAGGAUAUAUGAUUUGUGGAAUUCUUUUACUUCUGUAUACAAAAGAGUCCCAUUGGACAUCUAUCUAUUUUACCCUUUUGUCUACUUGAUUUAGUUUGUAUCAUGGAACAAGGAGUGGUAAGAAUUUUGUGAUGUGGUAAAUGAAAGAAAAGCGCGCGGCAAUCGAAUAGAUCGCCUUCGUUCUUUAUAGUACUAUAGAGAAUUUCUGGGUUGGGUUAGGUUGUUUUGAACUUUAUGAUGAUUUUAUUAUAAGCUAAUACCAAGAUGUUUGAGAGCUUU